CUUGUUCUAGAUGAUUUUGACGCGAUCGAGCAUUUCAUUAGUUAGACUGAUAACUUGAACAACUGCGAUUAUUUCAAUACCUUUUAGUUCAGGGGUCAAUAAUGUGGUGAGGACCUCCUGAAUACCCCACGCACCUGUUCUCAAAAAAACUCAUCCAUGAUGGGACAUUGUGAUUUCCUAGUAAUGUUGUACAAAUGAUCAUGAUCAAAAUGCCAUGGACACCGGCGCCACCCACGUCCCACCCUUCAGUCCAGAAGAGGCCCAGAGGAUUGUGGGUCAGCUUCAGCAGCCCGCCGUCUUCCUGAACAUGACGCACGGCUGGCCCGUCCUCGGCUGGACCGCAGAGAACCUUCGCGAGCGCCUCGAGGACAGAACCAUCCGAUUCCGACUCGGCAGGAAGGAGGAGACGAACGUGCCUCAGUUUGAAACUCAGUGCGCCUAUGUGGAAGCAAGCAUGGGUCAGUUCCUCAGCUGGCUGAAAGAUGAGGCGAGGGAGGAUGUGGGCUCUUUCUAUGACUACCCACGGUCUCAGUUCUGGGCCUACGCUGACUACAAGUACAUCGCCAGGAUGUUUGCACACCAGCCCGACAUGUUUGAGGAUGUAAAGUGGGAUGCGUUCGGGUUCGAGGGUCGUAACGGAAAAGAGAGCACGCUAUGGAUGGGCACGGAGGGCGCCAACACGCCGUGCCACCUGGACUCUUAUGGCUGCAACCUGGUGCUGCAGGUACAAGGACGGAAGCGCUGGCACAUGUUCCCUCCGGAAGACACGUCCAAACUGUACCCGAGCAGGAUCCCGUACGAGGAGUCCAGCGUCUUCAGCCGCGUCAACAUCCUGCGUCCGGACCUCGGCAGGUUUCCCGCUUUCCAGCACGCCGGCGCGCACGUCGUCACCCUGUUGCCCGGACAGGUUCUCUUCGUGCCCAGACACUGGUGGCACUACGUGGAGUCCCUGGACGCCGUCACCAUCAGCGUCAACUCCUGGAUCGAGCUGGAUGACGACCAUGUGGCGCGCGUGGGCGAGGCCGUGACCAGGACGGUUGUGUGCGCCGUAAAGAGCGCACAAGGCGACGGCGAGUGCUGGCUCAACCCCACAGAGGAGGGCGUGACAUCCCAUAAUGACAACAUGCGCUACAUCAACUUGGCUUUGCGGGCCUGUGCUCAGCAAGAGAAGACCAAACCCACCUUGAGAUCCAACAACCCCACAAAGCGCGAUUCUGACGGACGCAUUCGAAGCGACGUCCGCUUCGGGCCGUGUCUACUUCCUGUUCCCCGCCUUCCCCCACCUCUCCAAGAUGGCGGAGACGACGACAUGGGUCCCGAUACGAUUGAGGAGUCGCCCGUGGGCACCGAUGACCUUCUGGAGUGUCUGUUGCAUCCAGACGUGGUCGCCAUGGUUACCCGGCUCCUGUUGGACAAGCAGAGGAGAACUCCCAUCACUCCGAGAUGAGACAAUCUCUGAAGGGUUCGGACGAGCCGCUGUUACCUGUAUGUCACUGGGGCGGCCGAAAAGU